CGCAAGACAGAUCAAAUUGACAAAAAAGGCCACUGAAAGAAGAAAGGAGAAGAAAACCAGGAUAAAAAAAAAAGUAUAGGAAAAGAUAACAGCCGGAUAUGGCAAACGGUAACCGUUCAAAUUCAUCUUCAAACUCUCUGAGAGAAUUUUCUGACGAAUUUCGCAUUGGAACUGCCACAUUCACCAUUGUUCUUAUCUUGGCUACAGUAUUUGGAAACGUUCUCGUCGUUGUCGCGUUUUCACGCUUCGCGCGGAUCCGUACAGUGACAAACUACUUUGUUGUGUCAUUAGCAUGCACUGAUCUCUGUGUGGCGUUAUUCUCUAUACCUGUAUGGGUGGUAUAUCUCCUAACAGGACCCGUGUGGGUAUUUGAGGAAGACUUGUCACGUGUUUGGACCAUGGUGGACAUUCUAAUAGGUACCGCAUCCAUCAUGAAUUUAAUGGCGAUCAGUUUUGAUCGGGUUCUUUCCAUCGUAACGACCAUGCGUUAUUCUGUUAUCAUGACUUCACGGAGAGCGAUCUUUAUCAUAUGCUGCGCUUGGAUCUAUUCUUCAUGCAUGGCCACUGCAGGCUUCUUUCUGUACGCUAAGCGCAUUUUCAACCUCGUCGCUUUAAUCAUGUGCUUCUGCGUUCCACUGCUGGUAAUAAUCACUGCAUACUCAAUUGUGCUGAAAGUGGCGCUAUAUCACGUGAAACAAAUACACGCAACAACGCCUGUGCAGUACCCAAGGAGUCAUUAUAACUUUUUAAGGGAGCUCAAAGCUGCUAAGACAUUGGGAGUUGUUGUUGGCGCGUUUGUGGUAUGUUGGCUGCCAUUUGUUGUGAUAAACAUAAUUUACAGUUUAUGCGAGCCAAAGCACUGUCCUGUUGUCAAUCCACAAGUGAUAUUGGUGACCAAGUGGAUGCAUUAUGGUAAUUCAAUGAUAAAUCCCAUAAUAUACACUGCCAAGAACAAUGAUUUUAGAAAAGCUUUCAAGACUUUAAUUUUCGCAUCAAAUGCUCUCCUUUAAGGUGAAGUACCGUAGUCACUAGCAAAAAUCCAACAAACAAAAACGAAGGAGAAAAAUAGUGACUCACAGAAAGCAAUUGUCUUUUAAAGCUCUAUCAGCUUUCGUUUACUUGUGUUCUCCACCUCAUAUCAGAACUGCCCCUAAAUCAUAGAUGUUAAAAAAAAUAGAAAAAAAAAACGUCGAAUGGUUACGAUGAUUAUGGAAAAUUCAUAGCAGUUUUAAAAUGCGCAGCACUUCCAUCAGUGGAAAUUUAGUUCGCGCAUGUUAGAUUGAAUUUGAAAUUUGGAACCGCUAAAAAUUGAAGGUAAGAUGGCUCAACAAGUGUAUGUAUGCGCCUUGCCUGAGGAAAUAGCAAAUUUACGCGCAGACAUUGUCUUCUGCAGACAUUGUCUCUGGUUGAUGUUCAGUCUGAAUGAAUUGCAUGUGCAGAAUAGUAAUUGAA